CUUCCGGGCUUCUUCCUGCCUCGUCUUGUUCACGUAUCUGUUUACGCCAGCGACCCUGAUGAUGCGUCCACCGGCGUCCCGUCUCCCGACUCCCAACCCACCUUCAUAUUCUCCUCUAUCAUCGCCCCCUUCCAAUUCAGUCGUUCCUGGUCCCACACUGAGCUCCUGGACCGGCUUCUGCCCAAGAUUGAAGGUGUCCGUUGCAUGUCACUGUCGCAGAACCGGAGCAAACCGACCAAUUCACCUGACGGCGAUCGUGAGGGUCGUUCUUCGGUCCUCAUUCAGCUGUUGACUUUUGUCGCGUUUGGUGAACGUAUCAUAAAGCAUUGGAAAGCGUAA